AUGGUCAGCAUGAAACAGUACAGAUUAAAUUCAGUUGCUGUAUCGGGCGCAGCCCUCUUACCACAAGUACUGGAGAAAAUAUUCUCUACAUUAGUCUAUGUACCGGACGGACAAUCCAAAGAGGGUCGAUCCAGAGCCUUAAAAAACGUUAGACGUCAUGCAGCCUCCCUGAUGGUUAAAAUUGGAAAUAAGUAUCCAUUGCUACUCUUGCCAGUUUUUGACCAGAUCAGAGCCACUGUCGAGAAUUUGUCCAGGCCAGAGGGAUCAGCUAAUUUGAGUACUUUGGAGAAAGUUACUUUGUUGGAAGCGCUUUUGUUAAUAUCAAAUCAUUUUGGUGACUAUGAAAGGCAAAGUACUUUCGCUGGCGAGAUUUUACACGAAGCAAACGCACAGUUUUUAGCAAUAGUUAACUCAGGUGCUCUGAAGGGAGCUGCCGAAUUUAUUUCUUUUAUAGGUCUGAAUAAACCUGCUGUUCCAGCAAACACGGACAAUAUCUGCGGUCAAAAUAGAAGCAAUUUGUUUUUUUGUGUAAAUUUGGUUCUUGGUGCUAUAAAACGAUGUUCUUGGCCUGACGAUCCAGAACGGGCUACUAGAGGUGGUUUCGUGGUAUCUUUGACGGAAUCCGGUAACCCGGUAUGCCGGAAUCCCGCAGCGCCUCACGUAGUUCCUCUUUUACCCCAUAUACUCUCCUUAAUUAAAAUAUUCAAUGAGCUGUUCACUCCAGAGGCUCAGAACCUGAUCCAUGACAGUUACAAAGGAUGCCUUGCCAUGCCUGAAACAGAAAAAUCGAAUUUAUUAGGAUUAAUAGGACAUUCUUCUGACUGUGGUGACAAUUUAGUAAUCCAAAGCCCUCUAGAAAGGAUGCAGCGGUUUCUAACGACCCUACACGAAAGCUGCUAUCACAUGAUUGGUUCGAUGGGCCCCUCCUUGGGCAGAGAUUUGUACAAUAUUUCCGAUUUAGCUUUAGCGAUAACCAAUAGCGUUUUGGCAUAUUUACAAUAUGUGCCAGACUAUAGACUGAGGCCUAUAAUAAGAGUAUUUAUGAAGUCGUUUGUGUUCUCUUGUCCAGCGCCGUACUACGAGGUGGUGUUGCUUCCUGUUUUAGCCCAUAUUAGUCCGAUAUUAUUAAAUAGGUUACAUGGAAAUUGGCAACGGGUCAUCGAAUUUCGCAAUAGAGAAGUGCAAGAAGACAACGCCGACACUCAGGAGGUUUUAGAAGACUUUUUGACGCGAGCUUUGACAAGAGAAUACUUGGAUGUUCUUAAGGUUGCUCUUGUUGGAGGCAGUCUAACCCCAGAAAGUAACUCGGAAACGAUGGAAACCGAGGAACUAAGUAAUUCCCCCACUCCACCGCCUACUAGAUCUAAUUUGACGUCGGAAGUUAUUUCCGAUUUAGGUUUAAUUCUCUUGAGAUGUGACAAAACUUGUCAGUCUAUAGUCCUGGCAGUUUUAGGCGGUCUCAGUUGGAUUGACAGCAACGCUUCGUUGAAGGCGACGUUAUUGACAGGUCCAAUUGUUCGACAACUUACCAUAGAUGCGUCAUUGAAUGGUGAAAUGGCAACGCAUAUUAUGGCUGCCGUUUUGAAUGCGCUGAUUCUUCAUGGACAGCACGAGGCUAAUCAGGGUUCUUUACUGACUCUCGGUGCACAGAUCUAUGAAUUGUUAAGGCCAUCUUUCAUUGAAGUUCUUCGCGUUAUGCAACAGAUACCAGGCGUUAACCCUGUAGAUCUUCAAAAAUUAGACGAAAGAAUUUCGGGAAGUACCAGUAAAGGAAAUAGAAUAGAAAAAGUCAAAAAAGAUUUGUUCAAGAAAAUUACAGGAAAUCUUAUCGGUAAAAGUGUAGGGCAGCUGUUCAAAAAAGAAGUCAAAAUAAACAAUUUACCCCAGAUUAUCAUAAAUAAAAAAGAACAAAAGGAUAUCGUUCCAGACUUAAGGACUCUGUAUAAUAGCAGUUAGUGAUAAUUAUGUAUUUUAUAUGGAAAUUGACAUAUUAAACUCGUCUAUUUAUCACAAA